CAAUAGUAAACACAGUUGGGCUCACGCUGCUGAAGGUCAAAAGCCAAAGAGCCAAAAAGGCAAACUACUGAAUAUUGGUGUGGCAGUGCAUUAGCUGCACGGUUGCUUGUUUGUUUAUAAAUUUAUUAAGUUGUUAUGCUGCCCAUCUGUCAGGAAAUUCUGGGCAGCUUACAUCAUCGUAAAAACAAACAUACAAAACGUUAAAUGGUAAAGUAAACCGAAAUUAAAUAAGUUAACAAGCAGAAUGAGACGAGGUAGAAUUGGAAUCUUCUUCCUAGUCCACUAAUCACCUCCAGUCGAAAGGCACAUUGGGGUCCCAGGCUAAUUGGCAGAGUUUCCUUUUAGCCUUUCGGAAGGUCAAGAGGGUGGCGCAAAUCUUGGGGGGAGGGGGGAUGAUGUUCCAGAGAGAGGGUCGUAGUUGUGACAGAAAAGUUCCUUCUUCUAGUGACUCUACUAGAAUAGAAUUAGAAUAGAAUAGAAUAGAAUUUUAUUGGCCAAGUGUGAUUGGACACACAAGGAAUUUGUCUUGGUGCAUACGCUCUAGCCAGGAUUCUUGACUGGGGGUGGGGGUGGGGGUGGGGUGGGCACAGCAUACCCUUUCUGCCAGAAUGAAUGGGGUGGGCCAAUCUCAUUAGAGCGAGAAGGUUCCUCAGAUAUCCUAGACCUCCAUGCCAUGAAAAGUUUUAAAAGUAAAGAGCCAACAUCUCAAAUGGGUGACAGUAUAGCUCAGACAACAGUGGCUUUCAUGGGCCACCCUAGGGUCCCCUAAAACUUUUUGCUCUGCUGCAUUUUGUGCUAGCUGUUAUCUUCUGAAUACUCUUAAAACGUAUAGUCGCGUUGCAGCAGUCCAGACGCUGGGAUGACCAGGGCAUCAGUGACUAAGAGCGUUUUUUGAGUGGCCAAACAGAAAUUCUUCCCUCCAAUAAUGAAGAGGAAAAGGCUGUCGUCUGUGAGCAUCUCUUUAAAGGAAAAGCGACCUUUUGUUUUCAAAAGAGCCACAGAAAUCGCAAAAUCCACCCUUGUGUGGGGGGAAAAAAACACGCGCGGGAGCAUUCAGGCCACUGCAGUCUGGGCACCUUUGGCCGCUGGCGCCUCCCGCAGACUGUGCCAGCUGCGCAGAGGGCAGGCGUGUCUGACGGCGGCGCGCCCUCCGCCGCGCGCUCCCCGCUCCAGACCAGGCACCUGGGGGGCCACGCGUGGUUUCGUCCCCGCGGGUCACCCACCGUUGCCCAGUCCAGAGAGCUCCGGAGGAAUUGCGGAGAGCGCUGGAUACCCCGCCUGCCCAGCACCUCCGGUGGAUUCCUUCCAGAUCUGGCCAAUCCACCGAGGAGUAACCGAGAGACGUGCAGCGGCUGAAGCGGCCGAAGGGCGUCCUUCAAGCGGUUGCUCGGCGGAGGUCUCCGGCGGCCUUGGCCACAGGGGAGAGGCGCGGAAGGCGCCGAGGGGCGUGUGCGCGCAUUGUGCCAGGGCUGGCCGGGAGAAAGUUGCCUUUUAUGAGCGUUCACUUCCUGUUAGCUGCCUCUCCGCCUCCUCGGCGGCUAGAAAUAUAUUUACACACACACACACAUACACACACAGGUUUGCACCUCCCUCUUUGGGCAGGGUUUCCUCGUUUUUCCCCCUCGCUUCUUUUCCUCUUGUUUGUGCCGUGGCCGCUGUCAGAUUCGCCUCUUGCACGCCCGAAAGAGGCUGGUGCAGCCGCUGAGCGUCUUCGCGCUCCCUCUCGCGUCUGCCUGCCAGCUGCACCCGCUUGCCCGGGAAUCCGCCGACCUCUGAAGGAGGAUUGCAACGCCCUUGCCCCGCGCCCGCUAAAGAAGGGGGCGCGCGGUCUACAGCCUAGCCCUGCUGGGGCUCGGGCUGCGUUUCCACGCCCUCCUUGCACCCCCUUUUGCACGGAGUGCUUUCUGGCGUUUUCCCUGAGCGCGCGGGGACUCCCGGAAAAUGCCAGUCUGGAAACUUUAGUCCAGGGUUUAGGGAAAUUGUGGUGGAUUCUGACUCUGCAGCAACCUCGGUGUCCCGCCAGUGGGAUCGCGUUGUCUCGCAGGGGCAUCCGGGUCUCGAGCUGGCGGACGAUGAGCAGAGGCUCCUUUGGUCUCUUCGCUGACCCAUCUCUCGGCCUCCGAAGCCCGAGCAGCGGCCAGCAAACUUCCUCCGCCUUUUGAUAGCUUUCUGCGCCCCAACUCGGGGACCCGAGCUUUUGCAGGGCGGGUGGAAUUGGCCGUAGGAAACUGGUUGACAGCCUCUGUUCGCAUCCCUGCGAUGGGAAGCACGGCCAUGGACGGCAAGAAGAAAGAUGCCUCGUCUGGUAAGAAGAAGGACGCCGGCCAGAAGAAACGGAUGCUGCGCGUUCACAUCCCCGUAAGUCUGCUGGCUGGCUGCGUUCACCGGACAGGGAUCUCAGUUCCUUUGCCAUGCCGUUCCUGGAUGGGGAUAUGGAUGGGUCUGAGAAACAUGCUUCGCGAAAGACGGAAGACAGCUACAAUUCAGGGAGCCCCUCCAAAGGAAUCUUCUCAAAGGGGUUCCAGAACCGACCUUCCAGUCCGUCUUCUGCUCCUGUCAAGUCUAAACAUAGUCCAGGCUCACCCAAAACGGUGUUUCCCUUCCCGUACCAGGAAUCACCACCUCGCUCCCCUCGACGCAUGAGCUUCAGUGGGAUUUUUAGGUCGUCUUCAAAAGACUCUUCCUCCUCUGGCUCUAAUCCUUCCACCUCCCCUGGAGGAAUCAAGUUCUUCUCCAGAUCAAGGAAAACGUCUGGGCUUUCCUCUUCACCAUCGACUCCCACCCAGGGAACCAAGCAGCCGGCAUUUCCACUUGAAUGCUAUAGACAUGAACCGGAAAGGCUAGAAGCACGGAUUCACACACCCUCUUCUCCUCUGGACACUGGGCAAAGGUUUGGCCUGCCUCCAGGGCAGGGUGCUGCCAAGCCACCCUCUCCAACACCUGUCUGUUGUGUUACCUCAAAAAUAGCAGGGCCGCCUCGCUCCCCGGCCGCUUCCGAAGGGAUGCUGGAGAAACUGGAGCUCGAGGACGAAGCUGUUGGUGAAUCAGAAAGUGAUAUCUACAUGAGAUUCAUGAAGUCACAUAAGUGUUACGAUAUUGUUCCAACAAGCUCAAAGCUUGUAGUUUUUGAUACUACACUACAGGUAAAGAAAGCUUUCUUUGCUUUAGUGGCAAAUGGUGUUCGAGCAGCUCCACUGUGGGAGAGUAAAAAACAAAGCUUUGUAGGAAUGUUAACUAUUACAGAUUUCAUUAAUAUACUGCAUAGAUACUACAAGUCUCCAAUGGUACAAAUCUAUGAACUGGAGGAGCACAAAAUUGAAACAUGGAGAGAGCUUUAUUUGCAAGAAACGUUUAAACCCUUAGUGAAUAUUUCACCUGAUGCAAGCCUUUUUGAUGCUGUAUAUUCACUGAUCAAAAACAAGAUCCACAGAUUACCAGUUAUUGAUCCUGUGAGUGGAAAUGCACUUUAUAUACUUACCCAUAAAAGAAUACUCAAAUUUCUCCAGCUUUUUGUGUCAGAAAUGCCAAAGCCUGCCUUCAUGAAGAAAAAUCUGGAUGAACUUGGAAUAGGAACUUACCAUAACAUUGCCUUUAUACAUCCAGACACUCCUAUCAUUAAAGCCUUGAAUAUAUUUGUAGAUAGAAGGAUAUCAGCACUACCUGUUGUAGAUGAGUCAGGAAAAGUUGUAGAUAUUUAUUCCAAGUUUGAUGUUAUAAAUCUUGCUGCUGAAAAAACUUAUAAUAACUUAGAUAUCACAGUGACACAAGCUCUCCAACAUCGCUCUCAGUAUUUUGAAGGUGUUGUGAAAUGUAAUAAGCUGGAAACACUGGAGACAAUUGUGGAUCGCAUAGUUAAAGCUGAGGUUCAUCGGUUAGUGGUUGUGAAUGAAACUGAUACUAUUGUUGGUAUCAUCUCCCUCUCUGACAUCCUCCAAGCAUUAGUGCUGACACCAACAGGCGCCCGGCAAAAGGAGAGUGGAACUGAAUGACUGCUUUGAACAGAAUCACCUUGGAAAGAAUAAUUUGAAUAAAGUGGCUGGGUCAUCUUUGUCUCAAGAACAUUGAUGGCAGUAGAGAAGAGUCAAGUGAUGAUGAGAAUGUGUGUGUAUUAGGCUAAGUGAUGGAUAGUCUAUUAUUUCCCAGUGACUGUCGCAAAACAAGCAGCAUGACAAAAAGCUUCUGUAUUCAAUGCAGGCUUGCAUUUCAACAUGUUUGCCAAAAGAUUUCAUCUGAUAUCCAUCUCAAAUGCACUGGAAAAGAAUAGCA